AUGACUUCUCCUACAGAAGAAGGAGGUGAUCCAGCUGACGAGUGCAAUAAUUCUGAAGUGGCUCUAAAUGACUGUAAUGCAGAAAUAGAACCUUCAUUUGCUGAUCCCAACAGGGCCCACCAAGUGGAAACCGAUCAAAUUGACAGACAGCCAAGUACACCAGUCUCACAGGAGGCUAACGGUCCACAAGCAGUAGAAAAUAUUGAGCUUGAAGUACAAAAGACUGAGAAAGAGCCUCAAGAAGAAAAUUCAAAGAAAAAGCCCCUUCUAAUUCAGAUCCCCAUUCCUAGAAAAUGGGUAGAACCAACUGAUAAAAACAAUCCUGAUAGCUCAAAUUUCUACUCAGACAAAGUGGAGGGGGAAACAAAUAGUUUAUGUCAUGCCACCAUAAAUUACAAAAUUGCUUUCCAACUUUCAAUUUCAUGGAAAAUUCCAUUCAUUAGCAAUCAUGAUAUAAGAAGAAUGAUUCUCCAUCUGCUGUGCGAGAGAUACAUCAGUCAGGCUGGAAAUCGUCCAAAUGCCAUGUGGAUGAAACAAAAAUACGUAGCAUUUCUUCCUCGCCCAAAUGGCCUCACCAAUGGUGAGAGAGCCAUAAUAUUUGGAAGGCCUUUGAGGCUGUAUUACCAUCGCCCCAUUACUGACAGAAUUACUCCAGGAAAAUUUUGCAAAUCUGGUAAUACUAAAGGGAAAGACGGAUUCCACAUUUUUAUAAGACCAGUGUUUUGCGUCCCAAGAGCCCAAUUACAAAACACAUUUAAUAGGAAAGCUUUUGAGGAUCAUAUGAGAUCUCAUCCUAAUAUGCCAAUUGUGAUCAUAGGCACCAAUAAUAGUUGGAAAUACCUGUGCCCUCUCUGUGGGAAUAGUUUCAGCACUUGGGUUGAAUUUAGACAGCAUCCCUGCAGGUUUCCGAGAAAUUAA